UUCUGCCCAUACUUAUGGCUACAGGAAACUGGACAAGAAUAUGUGAGUUUAUCCUCAUGAGCUUCUCUUCCCUGCCUACUGAAAUACAGUCAUUACUCUUCCUGACAUUUCUAACCAUCUACCUGGUCACCCUGAUGGGAAACUGCCUCAUCUUUCUGGUUACCCUAGCUGACCCCAUGCUACACAGCCCCAUGUACUUCUUCCUCAGAAACUUAUCUUUCCUGGAGAUUGGCUUCAACCUAGUCAUUGUGCCCAAAAUGCUGGGGACCCUGCUUGCCCAGGACACAACCAUCUCCUUCCUUGGCUGUGCCACUCAGAUGUAUUUCUUCUUCUUCUUUGGAGUGGCUGAAUGCUUCCUCCUGGCUACCAUGGCAUAUGACCGCUAUGUGGCCAUCUGCAGUCCCUUGCACUACCCAGUCAUCAUGAACCAAAGGACACGGGCCAAACUGGCUGCUGCUUCCUGGUUCCCAGGCUUUCCUGUGGCUACUGUGCAGACCACAUGGCUCUUCAGUUUUCCAUUCUGUGGCACCAACAAGAUGAACCACUUCUUCUGUGACAGCCCACCUGUGCUGAGGCUGGUCUGUGCAGACACAGCACUGUUUGAGAUCUACGCCAUCGUCGGAACCAUUCUGGUGGUCAUGAUCCCCUGCUUGCUGAUCUUGUGUUCCUAUACUCGCAUUGCUGCUGCCAUCCUCAAGAUCCCAUCAGCUAAAGGGAAGAAUAAAGCCUUCUCUACGUGUUCCUCACACCUCCUUGUUGUCUCUCUUUUCUAUAUAUCAUUAAGCCUCACAUAUUUUCGGCCUAAAUCAAAUAAUUCUCCUGAGGGCAAGAAGCUGCUAUCAUUGUCCUACACUGUUGUGACUCCCAUGUUGAACCCCAUUAUCUACAGCCUGAGAAAUAACGAGGUGAAGAAUGCCCUAAGCAGGAUGGUCUGCAAGGCCCUAGCCCUCAGAAACUGUAUCCCAUAGACCUUAGGAAGUAAGGCUACAUUUUACUGGAUGGGAAACAAUCAGUCCCAGAUUUGAGAUUCCUCUCUGCAUCUUUCCACAUCUCCAGUGAGAUGAAGUCCUGUUGCUGAAAUGGCUUUUGGAAAGCUGAGUGGAGAGAAAAGAGCACAGAAGUAGUUUCGAACUAGCACCACCAACUAUGAAAACUCCUCUGUCUGCCCAUUGUAGACUUACAUUGUUUUCCUUGUUUCAACUGGUAUGACAGCACUUCUGUGGCCAACUAUUUCCAUUGCAUGCAACACAAUUGUUUCUCUUUUCUUUUCUUUCUUUUUUUUUUUUUUUGAGACAGGGUCUGCUCUAUUACUCAGGCUGCUGAGGUGCAAUGGCACAAGCUUGGCUCACUACAACCUCCACCGUCUGGAUUCAAGCAAUUCUCAUGCCUCAGCCUCUUGAGCAGCUGGGA